GCUUUCUGAAAUCACUUCCAAAUCUACUUGAAUUCCGGCACACUGCUCAACUAUGAAGGCCUACCACUAUGUGUUUGCUUUGUCUCUCGUUUCACUGGCCCUAGUUACUUCCAGGCAGCAUGUGCUUAAAUUAAAAAACGACAAUCGGAAUGCAAUUUUAUGUAGCCACUUUGCAUACUAUGCAGGUGGUUUUCUAUCGAUUUCUUUGGAUAAUCUUGACGGCGAUUUGUCGAGUGUCACUUUUACGCUGGACAAAGAUGGAAGUUCAGACGUCACUUCCUACCUUGAGAGUAAAAAGGGGAACUGCUUCCGGGGUGAUCUUUCAAAGUUCUUGUAUUUGUCCUUUGAUCCUACGCGAUCACUUUUAUUAGUCCACAAUCGUGACGUACGACUUCAUGGACUCAUUUUUGAGGCCGGGGCAAAGAACAUGGACGAAGACGAGGGAAUCAGUCCAUCCGCACCUCCUAGAACUUUAGCAGAUAGCGUGAAGCUCAUUCUUGAUUUACUUAAUCUGUCACCCUUUCACAGCCAUGAGCUCGCCACUGAAUUUGGCAAGAUCUUGCAACCCCUUUUACCGGCACAAUCAGACGGUCGACCGAUUGAACAGUCUACGAUCUACAUAUCGCUGCGUCGUUUGGCAGUGGCAAGAUUACCACCCGAUAUGUUAAACGAAAUAGCUCAGCCUGAUGAAUCACAAAGGCGUGCUGCGAGCUCUUUGAACUCAAUUAUGUCCCAAUCAAAAACGUCUAAUGUGACGAGGGAGGGAAUUCCACUCUCCCACGAAAUUGCGAAUAUUUUGAGCUCUAUAUAUCGGAUGACUACUCCUCUAGGGUCUCUCCGAGCCAUUCCAUACCAGUCGGUUCAAGGCAAACCAAAGGUCAAAGUCAUCUGCUAUGUUUACUUCACUCGAGUCGUUGCCUAUCUUCUCACCGUAACCAUGUCGUACUCUUUCGCCUGGGUUGUCGAAUUGUUCAAGGAGUCCAUCACUUUUCUGUUCUUCGUAUCCGUCGGAUACAAAUUUCGACCAAUAAGCGAUAAUCCUUACCUUCUGGUCCCGAAUGACGAAGACGAAGAAGAAACCGUGAUGGAACGUAUUCAGUUAGAGGAUGUAUGGUCGCAGUCGGGAGUCACUGAUGGGGUUUUCAGAACGAAUAAGGCCCACAGCCAUCGAACACAAAAAUUACUCCCCAACAAAACGACAUCAAAUGUAGCAGCGUGGAGUCGGUCUGAUUCACACGACCGGAUGGCAGCCAUUGACUCUGACACGGACGUGUAG